CUAACUCCGAAAGUUCUGGCAUCACUGUUUCUAACAUAGCGUUUUGCGCACUUUUUCAACUCUGACAUGGUCCGCCAAUAACAAAAGUUUAGAAGUUGAAGAAUUUUCUAAUAAAGAUGAAUUUUGUCAAUGGCUUAUCAACCGGAGAAAAGGUUACGGUGGUGGCCGAACGAUUCAUUACGGAGUUUCUGCGUGCGGCGACACUGGAUCCAAAAAAUUGGAUGGCCAAAGCGUCGCAUCAUUUUGUGGCACAAUGUUUCCAUGUUGUUGGUCUAAAGCUCGACGUUAGUGUGAAGGAAUUCAGCCGGACGCAAGAUCAUCCGUAUCCCAAAGUGAAUCCCGAUUACGUUUUCGUUCCCGUGCCGUUUGUACUGGAAGCAGUGGACUCGUUUUUUGAUGUUGUCCCUAAUCUGUUGGCCGAAGUUUCUGUGGCCUUGGAGAAGGAUUUAAGCCGAAAAUCUCAAUACGAUAAGGGGGACCCGUUCCUUCAACGGACGCACCCAAUGACUUCCUACAUUCGACUGAUCAUCAAGUGGAAUGGAGUGGUCCAUUCGGUAUGCAAAGACAUAAAGAAGAAUAGAUAUUACUGCGAGCCCCUCACCAGAAUAUCUUUCAGUAUUCUAAAAGGUAUGUCUAAACUGCUGCCAAGAUUCGCCAACUCCUUUGCUGGACUCCAAGGGAUAUGUCACGCUCUCUCCAUAGAUGUUCGCCUCGGGAUCUUAUAUCAUGAAACCUGUCAACUCAUCUUGACUCCCAUGUUGAACAUGUUUCAAGAGAACUUUAGAACGUUUUGUGGUGUGAAAAAAUAUGGUAUCGACUUUGUCUACUUUGUGUUAACCAUUCAGAUGAAAGAUGAUGAUUGUUACAUUAAGGCUUAUGAGUUUCUAAACACAAUGAUACAGGAUUUUUACAAAAAGAAACCGCGCGACGAAAACAAGAACCUUUAUUUACGUAUAUUUACUAACGAAUUGAUCACAGAAAAGUUUCUGGCUAUGCAAUUUGAGGACCUUAAAUCCAGUCGGUCUAAGCCUCUUCUCUCUGCCAUUUUAGAAUACUUAUUGACGCUUCAAAACCAUGUGGUCAGUACGGAGUGCUUUCGGGACAAUUUUCAUGAGGUAUUGCUUGCGCUGAUCUUGCGAAUGCCGCGUGCUUCUUCUGGUAUUAGUUUACUAGCGGCUAAUCUUUAUAUAAAGUUAUCCAAACGAAAGUACAGAAAUCACGAAAUAGUUUAUCAUAUAUUGGAGGCAUACAUAAAGACGCCGCAUGCCACCCGAGAAAAUACUAUCUACGAUUGUUUCAGAGUUAAACUUUCUCGCUACUUAAAAGAACUGAUGAUUUAUUUUCCUGAGCUUCAAAGCUUCGAGUUUCACGCCUUAAUACUGACGACUCCAAAUGCGCGAAUCGAAUUAAGCCUAAUAUCUGCUCAAUCCCUAAGCAUAAUCUUUGAAUUGCAUAUGGCGCAAUAUUCCAUUUCACAGGACUCACGUCAACAGGUGCACCUCAUAUUGCGAUGUUUACCAGCUCUAGUGACAACGCCAUCACUCCAAAGUGGCGCGCGGAAUAUUCUCUACAGUAUCUACAGUCUCACUGAUUUCCGAUUAGUGGCAGAGCACGAAAUUGAGGCGCUGCGUGAUCUCGAACAUUUCUGCCUGAACAGAUUUCUAACCGACGACACUCUUGACCAUUCAGAGUUCCAAGGACUUUUUGGAAACAUAUCGCUAUCUGCUGCUGUAACUGGAAAUGAAUUAAUGCACCCAAUAGUAGCAACCACUUUGCGCACUCAGCAUGCACAGCUUUGUAUCCAGUUGAAUGACGUUGAUUCGGGGGCCCCUGAAUCGACAGAAGUUCUAGAGGCAUAUGUAAAGAAUUUACGGCGCAUACACAGCCUCUUAUUGUUAGACAAGCUUCCGCAUAAUUAUUACAAAGAUAUUUGUGAGUCGCUGGCGCAAAUUCUGCUGAAAAAGACCUUUCAACAUGAAGAUUUAAUUAUGUACGGCUCUGAGAGUUUAGCUUUAAUUCUCGUCCGGCAAUACAGUACAAUUGAUGUCUUAGACGAUGAAUCGGGUCUAAGUAUAUCAGUUCUAGCACAGGAGCUCCUAGAGUUCUGUCUAACUGAGCUUACUAAAGCUAAGGAAGACAUAAGGCGGUCGAUGUUUCUUUUUUGCUCAAUUAUCGAACUAUAUAUUGGUCGGAUAGACUGCUUAACCCUCGGUGCUGAUGCAUAUGAAGUGAUUAUAGAAUCGCUGAUCACACUGCCGCAAACUUUUCUACCUAAAUCAAAUCCACUCAUCUUAGAGUGUAUGCCAGAUAUGUAUCAUAUGUUCCGAGAGCUUUUAAAAGUGGAUCACAUUGAAUUGACAAAUAAUCGCAUAUGGAAGAUUGUCAUGCAAUAUCAAAUGCCUGGAAGCACUUUAAAGUAUUUGGACCCCGAACUUAAGGAACUUAUAAUUGUUCUUAUUGAAUAUAAGAUCGAAACCUACGUCCAUUGUCUUUCAGUUAUACUGUUAAAACUAAAUAACGAUGAAAGAAGUCUGAAACACGCUUUGGACGUACUAUCGGCACACUUGAAUCUGAUUAAAACACACGCCAGUACUUUGGACUCCUGGGUACUUCCGUUAAUUAUCUUUCAGAAGUCUCUAAAUUUACUGAUCAAAAGCAUUCGCGUCCGACGAUCACAAGUUACCGGCUCAAAGAAACAAAAUCGUCUUCUGCCACUUAAUACUUUUUCACUUCUUAUAGAAAGCUUGCGGCUUGAGGCACCACAUUUUAUGAGAAUGGCCGAGCUUAUGAACAUUAUUAAAAUGGAGUCUUAUGGAUCCGUGGAAAAUUUAGAGAUAGAUAAGUUUAUAAUCCAUGUUAGCGAGCUCAAAUAUAAGUGCGAGGAUGAAGCCUUGGCAUCUACUGGCGAUGCAUGCUUUGAGGGUAAGCUCUUAGCGUUGCCGGCUGGACCGUUAAAUUAUUGGCAGCAUACUGCUUUGGAAACAAUGGAAAACUCUCAACUAUAAUCAUAAGUAUCACAUGAGGAAAGUAAAUUUUAUUUUUGUUAUUUAUAGUUUUCGGUAACAGGAAAUAUUAGAAAAUUUUCCAAUUAUCUGAAUAUCUCAUUAUCUUAUUCCAACAAUUAUCUGAAUAUCGUCCUCGCUUAAAAACAAAAAAUGCAUUUUCUCAUGGAUUCCUAUUGUGUAAAGUCAGCACACAAAUCUUUUAAAUUUUCCAAAAGUAGAAGUUUCUGAAAUUUCAUUAUUUUUAAAUUUGUUGAAAUAAAACUAUUAAAACAAUA